UAAUUUUCAUUAAGGUGCCUUGAGCUAAUGGAAAUAGAAUUUCCCGCGACUCUGAUCUCCCUCCCGAGGUGGAGAAAAACACAGCAGAUUGCUUACAAGCGACCACAGACAGAGAAGAGAACAAUGUCUUCUUCAUUAACUUGCACAAAACUGACGGUGUGGACAGUAAUUGGAAUUCUCAUACAAAUAAUCGGUCUCUCACUCUUCGUUCUAGGGUUCUUCCCCGUCAAACCUGCUCUCUCCGGCGUCAGUGGUUUGGAGAGUUUUCGUCCACCGGGUUUUGACUCUGUUGAAGAUCACAAUGUGUCAAACCUGCGUCCUGAUCAGCUUAAAUCAUUGUAUCAGGAGCUCUAUGAGAUCCCCCCUUCAUUUGACCGAUUAAUCUUGAUGGUUAUUGAUGGUCUUCCAGCAGAGUUUGUGCUUGGAAGGGAUGGUCAGCCUCCGUCAAAGGUUUUCAUGGAAGCUAUGCCAUAUACUCAGUCAUUGCUGGCUAGUGGAAUGGCAGUUGGGUAUCAUGCAAAGGCUGCACCUCCCACAGUUACAAUGCCUCGCUUGAAGACUAUGGUGUCUGGGGCAAUUGGUGGAUUCUUGGAUGUGGCAUUCAAUUUUAACACACAAGCUUUUUUGGAUGACAAUCUUAUAGGUCAAUUUUUUAAUAUUGGUUGGAAAAUGGUGAUGCUUGGUGAUGAAACAUGGCUGAAGUUGUUUCCCGGAUUAUUCACAAGGCAUGAUGGAGUUAGUAGUUUCUAUGUUAAGGAUACUGUAGAAGUGGAUCACAAUGUUUCUCGACACUUGGGUGAUGAGCUUAACAGGACCGACUGGAACCUUCUGAUUCUUCAUUAUCUUGGUUUGGAUCACGUUGGGCAUAUUGGGGGGCGCAGUAGUAUUUUGAUGGGCGCAAAACUUAAGGAGAUGGAUGAAGUGGUCAAGAUGAUCCACUCUAGUGCUAAACGGUCUCAAGACAAUAAUCAAGGGCGGACACUUCUGGUGGUAGUCAGUGAUCAUGGCAUGACUGACAAUGGUAAUCAUGGGGGGUCUUCAUAUGAGGAAACUGACUCCUUGGUGCUUUUUGUUGGUCUAAAACAUAAAGCCUAUGAUUGUCCAUUGGUAAUCCAUAGCACAGCUGACCAGGCUGACAUUGCUCCUACAUUAGCUCUUCUUUUUGGUGUGCCGAUUCCUAAAAACAAUGUUGGAAUCUUGAUGUCAGAAACUCUUGAUUUUUUAACAGAUGAUCAACGGCUGAGGACACUAGAGUUGAAUUCCUGGCAGUUACUUAGAUUACUUCAAGCACAGCUACCUGGUUUAUCUUGUGGAAGUUUCUCAAGUGAUGUAAUCAGGGAUGAUCAAUGGCCUGCGAUCACCAAAUGUGAUGGUAGCGAUGAGGGGAUGUUUUGUUGCUUAUUUUUAAAUGCUGCAGCUCUGCACAAAUCGUGGAAAUCUAAAAGGGUCUCUAGGUCUAAUAGCAGAGAUGACUACAGCAAUACUGUUUCGGCAUAUGAUGAUUUUCUAAGAGCUGCAAGAGAGUGGUUAUCACACAGAGCAACUUAUAAACCUGCUGGCCUACUUGCUUCUGGAGUUGCAGCAAUGGUCCUUUCAUGCUUGGUAUUCAUAGGGCUUCUUCUUUGGUUGGACCAAGAAGUUUACCUCUGCCAAAUGCAUCAUCUUUCUGACUUGAAGAACAAUAAGCAUAAGUGGCAUUUGGAGGAGACUUAUGUUCUGGCUAUCAUUUUUAUCCUUGUUUUAAGUAUGGGAUCUAGUUCUAUGGUUGAGGAAGAGCAAUAUAUAUGGCAUUUCUUGACAUCCACAUUUUAUUUGGUAUUACUCCGUAAAGCAAUUCAGUCCCCUAUAGCAGGCGUUGCACAAAGUUUGAUUACCUUGGUCAAGGGACAAAACAGACGAAGAUCUAGUCAAAUAUUUUUCAUCAUUCUGAUUCUCCUUUCUGGGAGGAUUAUGAGAGGCUGGCAUCAGGGUGGUGUGAACUGGGCUCAUCUUUCUGACAUUUCAAAGUGGCUUGAGCAAGCAGGAAGAGAUUAUGUAAAAUACAUCCAGCUGGUCUCAUGGCUUCUUGUGAUCAGCUUAGGCUUGUAUUCUCUUUCGUUAUUUCGGACAAAGAAAUAUUUUGUUAUGUUGAUUGCAUUCUUAUAUUUAGUCCCGGCAAUGUUGGUUCUACGACAUAUCCUAAAAUAUCAGGACAGUGCAUUUGCAGCAUCCAGUCAUGGUGCUACCUCAAUGGCACAAAUAAUUUACGCAGUUCUGGGGAUUCUCACAUGUGGUGCUGUUUUUGCCUUACCGUGUCUUAUACCGGUUCAGAAUCCUAAGAUCUUCUCAACCCAUGAUGUUUGCUGGUCAAAUAAUUUUCUUGCUGAUGUUAGAAGGAAGUUUCUGCUUGUUGGCUUUAGAGAUUGUGCUUAUGUUAUCGGGUGGGCUUAUAUGCUUUGCUGGUGUCUUCUACAGCUGUUGCUACAACAACCAAUAAAUUCAAUGCCUAUAUUAUUGCUUCUUGUGCAAAUACUGGCCAGUAUUUGUUAUUGUUCUAACAGUGGCCUGCAUCUUAAGCAGUGGGUUGAGGAUCGGAUGUCCAAGCAACAGAUUGGGACUGGUUAUAGAGUUGGAUACCUCUAUGUGGUGGAGAACUUGCAUCUGCCUAUGACAACUUUUCCGACUACCUUUUUCUCUUUUCAAUUAGAUUCUUUGUCCAAUCCUUUCUACUUGUGGCAUUCUAAAUUAGGCUAUUUGUUUGCUGAACGCUUACAGUUUUUAGCUCAGUCAGGUGUAUUGGGUAAAGUUUUUCCUAGUGAACUUACCGAGUGUUGAGGGUGUAAAUUUGCCAAAAUGACAGCCUUACCUUUUCGUAAAAGUACUUCUAUAUCUAAUACACCGUUUUCUUCAAUUUAUACUGAUGUUUGGGGCCCUUCUUCUUUUCUCGCCAAAUGAGGUUUUGCAUACUAUGUGUCAUUUAUUGAUGAUUGUAUCCGUUACACUUGGAUCUAUCUUAUGACUCAUAAGUCCGAUUUCUAUCAGAUAUACCGUACCUUUCAGUCUAUGAUCACUACUCAGUUUGGGUCUACAAUUAAAGUGUUGCAAUUUGACUUGAGUGGGGAAUAUUUUAAAACUGAGUUCUGUGAGUAUUUAGCCAAUUUACGUACUGUUCACCAAACUUCCUGUACUGAUGCACCUAGCCAAAAUGGUUGAGCCGAGUGUAAACGCUGUCAUUUCCUUGAGAUAGCUAGAUCUCUUCUUCUCUUUGCUUCAGUUCCGGCUUCGUUUUGAGGGGAGGCAGUUCUUAUUACUGCUUUUCUUCUCAAUCGCAUACCUACUCCCCUUCUUUCCGGCUGAUCUCCUUAUGAGGCCUUGUUCUAUCAACUUUUCAAUUACCCCCUCCUUCGUGUGUUUGGAUCUGCUUGUUUUGUCUUUUUAUCCCGUAGAGAUAGGACCAAACUUAGUGUCCGGUCUGUUUUAUGUGUCUUUUUGGGUUAUAGUCUUACUCAGAAAGGUUAUCGUUGUUAUGACCCUGUUUCAUGUCUCCCGCCAUGUUGCAUUUUUCGAACGUUUGCCUUACUUUUAGCUUCGUCCUCUCACUAUCCCCGCUUGUGAGAAUAUGUUAAUUAUGAAAAUAUAUAUAUUAGGUUGAUUAUAUAAUUUAGAUUGAUUGUGUGAAUAUUAGAUUGAUUGUAUAGGGUUAUUCUUAUUUCCUAUUUUAGAUUAGGUUUGGGAUUACAAUAUAUAUCGGUUGUACUCUUUGUAUUAUACACAAUUGAAUAUACAGAAAUCAUUCAAAAGUCUUACAUGGUGUCAGAGCCCCUCCUGAUGAGUCCCUCUCCACCGAUCCCCAUGAGUCUGUGCCCUCUUCUCUUCCUUCUCCUUCCCCGUAUGCUCAGUCUCCUUCUUCUUCUCCUUCCCGGUAUGUUCAGUCUCCUUCUCCUUCUCCUUCUCCUUCUCUUCCUCCGUUGUUAGUCUAUUCUCGUUGCAGGGCUCUCCUUUCACCAAUUGUUUUUGCCUGUUGCUGAUCUUCCUGCUUUUGACGACUCUAAUCUUGCUAACUAUAAGUAUCCCCUUUCGCAUCUGUAAACAAGUAGUCAAAUUUGGUUUUGCUAAAACAUGUUUUUCUCUUUCAUAUUGUACGUUUUUGUUUGCUAUUCACUCUUUUUCAGAGCCUCAGUUUUACGAGGAGGUUUGUUAGGAUCCUCAUUGGAUUCAAGCUAUAGAGGAUGAGUUGUCUGCUUUGCAGAAAAUUAGUACUUGGGAGUUGAUUUCUUUGUCUGCUGUUAAGAAUUUGGUUGGUUGUAAAUGGGUUUACAAAGUCAAGACUCAUUUUGAUUGUUCUCUUGAGCGUUAAAAGGCUCGCCUGGUUGCCAAGGGUUUUUCAUAGGAGUAUGGUAUUGAUUAUGAGGAGAUCUUUGUCCCUGUUGCCAAGAUGACUACUGUCUGUACUUUGAGAUCUAUCUCUGUCGUUCGUCAUUGGCCUUUUUAUCAGAUGGAUGUUAAGAACAUUUCUUAAUGGUCAUCUCGCUGAGGAGGUUUACAUGAGUUCUCCCCCUGGCCUUCACCAUUCUUCUGGACAGGUUUGUUGUCUUCAGCGUGCUCUAUAUGGUCUGAAGCAAUCUCCUCGUGCUUGGUAUGAUUGCUUUUAGAUUACUGGUUUCAUUCUUCUGCCUAAAACUCUGCUCUGUUUUUUCUCCACACCUCUGCUGGUUUUGUUGCUUUAUUAUUGUAUGUGGAUGAUAUGAUUAUUAUUGGUUCUGUUUCUUUUGUUAUCUCUGAGGUUAAGUAGCAUCUCUUCCGCACCUUCGAAAUGAAAGAUUUGGGCCCAUUGAAUUCUUCUGCCUAAGACUCUGUUUUGUUUUUUCUCCACACCUCUGCUGGUUUUGUUGCUUUAUUACUGUAUGUGGAUGAUAUGUUUAUUAUUGGUUCUGAUUUUUUUGCUAUCUCUGAGGUUAAGCAGCAUCUCUUCCGCACCUUCGAAAUGAAAGAUUUGGGCUCAUUGAGGUGGUUUCUUCUCCCAAGGGCUACUUUCUGUCUCAAGCUAAGUAUGCUAAUAAAGUUAUUCACUGUGCUGGUCUUACUAACACAAAGAUUGUUGAUACCUCCAUUGAAUUUAAUGUGAAGCUUACCACUAAUGAUGGUGUUUCUUUGAAUGAUCCUGCUUUAUAUCGAGAGCUCGUGAGUUGCUUAGUCUAUCUGACGGUUACUCACCCUGAUCUUGCUUAUGCUGUUCAUGUGGUUAGUUAGUUCGUUUCUGUUCCUCGUUCUACAAAUUGGGCUACUUUGGUUCGGAUUCUUCGCUAUCUCUAGAGUACUAUAUUUCAAAGUUUAUUGUUGUCUUCUACUUCCUCUUUGGACUUGGUGGCUUAUGCUAAUUCUGAUUGGGUUUGUGAUGUCACUGAUCGCAAGUUCACUUCUGGCUUCUAUAUGUUUUUUGGUGAUUUUUUGAUUUAUUGGAAGAGUAAGAAACUGACUGUUGUUGCGCGUUUCACUGCCGAGACUGAGUACCAUGCUGUAGCUCAUGCCACUACUGUGAUUGUUAGGCUUCGUUGUCUCUUAACUAAUUUGGGUGUCCCUCAAUCUUCUCUGACCUCCCUUUACUGUGACAACCAUAAUGCUAUUUAGAUUGUUCAUAACACUGUCUUUCAUGAGCGGACGAAACACAUUGAGAUUGAUUGUCAUUUUGUAUGUCAGCAUUUGCAGUCUGGCUCCAUCUUGCUUCAUUUCGUCUCUUUGGCAUUGCGACUUGUUGAUUUCUUUACCAAGACUCACACCACUGUUCGAUUUCAGUUUCUUCUUGGCAAACUUUCAGUGUUUUCUGCUAAAACACUUUGAGUUUGAUCGGGGUGUGAAAAUAUUAUGUUAAUUAUGGAAAUAUAUAUAUUUGGUUGAUUGUAUAUUUUAGAUUGAUUGUGUGAAUAUUAAAUUAAUUGUAUAGAGUUGUUAUUAUUUCCUAUUUUAGAUUAGGUUUAGGAUUGGUAUAUAUAUCAGUUGUACUCUUUGUAUUAUACACAAUUGAAUAUACAGAAAUCAUUUAGAUGUCUUAUAGGCAAGGCAAAAUUGUUUUCUAAAACACAGGUCUUAGUAUCUUUCAGUUUGAAUUACAUAAUAAUGCAAGUAAACUGGGGGAUGUUUAUUAUAAUUUUUUACAUGGCCUGUCAGUUUCUCAUACAAGUAUACACAUAAAUCAAUGUGUCUGUUUCCUUAAUAUAUAUAAACUUUGAAGAAGAGCUAGUUUUGAGACUCUUUGUAUCUAAUCCUGUGACUUCUCUUGACAGAAAUGGUUGAUCUAAAGGCGGAGUUGCACAUUUUUUUUUAAACCAGUUAUUCGUAACAGUUUUUAUUGUAUACUGCUUAUAAGCUAGCACUUCACAGGUUGCAAAACUUUCAUAUGGGAAUUUGGAAUUUUCUUAGUUCCUAAACAUCAGAAAAUUAGUUAUAAUUUGAAAAUCAUGUUGUGAACAAUUUGACACAAACACACGCGUCCAUGUGUAAGAGCACAACAGACACAACGAUCUGACUGAAGAUGAGUUUUUUAAACAAGUUACAAGGAUGAAUGAUGAUUUGUUCCUCCUAAUGUCAAAUGGUUAUGAUAGAGCACUGUAGAUAGCUAUUUUUAUUUUUUAGUUUUUGUUUUGUUGGCCUUGUUAGCUUAUAUUGGACGUUUAAUAAAACUUAUUGGACAGUUGUAUUAGUGCUUGACAUUGUGCUCACAUUGGGGGUUAUAUAGGAUAAACAUGUAUAUGUGCUGCCUGCCAAUUAUCUCACUUCUUGUCAUUACUAGUGCAUUGAGGCGCUAACU